AUGGAUCCUUACAAGUACAUUCCAUCAUCCUCUUUCGAUUCUCCUUUCUGGACGACAAAUUCUGGUGCACCGGUUUACAACAACGAUUCUUCAUUGACUGUUGGAACUAGAGAUCCUAUCCUUCUUGAAGAUUAUCAUUUGUUGGAAAAACUUGCCAAUUUUGACAGGGAACGUAUUCCAGAACGUGUAGUCCAUGCCAGGGGAGUAAGUGCCAAGGGUUUUUUUGAGGUUACACAUGACAUCUCCCACCUUACAUUUGCUGAUUUCCUUCGUUCCCCGGGUGUCCAAACUCCUGUUAUAGUCCGUUUCUCCACUGCUGUUCAUGAACGUGGAAGCCCUGAAACCCUCAGGGACACUCGGGGCUUUGCAGUCAAGUUUUACACAAGGGAGGGAAACUUUGAUCUAGUUGGAAUCAAUUUCCCAGUGUUCUUAAUCCGUGACGGUAUGAAGUUCCCGGACUUGGUCCAUGCUCUGAAGCCAAAUCCAAAGUCCAAUAUUCAGGAGAAUUGGAGAAUUUUGGAUUUCUUGUCCCACCAUCCAGAAAGUUUGCACAUGCUCACUUUCCUCUUCGACGAUGUGGGUAUUCCCCAAGACUACAGACAUAUGGAAGGCUCAGGUGUUAACACCUUCACCUUAAUAAACAAAGAAGGGAAGACUCACUAUGUUAAGUUUCACUGGAAACCCACUUGUGGAGUCAAGAAUUUAUUGGAAGAUGAAGCUAUUAAGGUUGGAGGAGCUAACCACAGCCAUGCCACACAGGAUUUGUAUGACUCAAUAAAAGCUGGUAAUUAUCCAGAGUGGAAACUUUUUAUUCAGGUAAUUGUUCCUUCUGAUGAAGACAAAUUUGAUUUCGAUCCACUUGAUGCUACCAAGACCUGGCCGGAGGAUAUCUUGCCUCUGAUUCCGGUUGGGCGGUUGGUUCUGAAUAGGAACGUGGAUAACUUCUUUGCUGAGAAUGAACAGCUCGCGUUCUGCCCUGCAUUAGUUGUACCUGGUAUUUACUAUACAGACGACAAGAUCCUUCAGACUCGGAUAUUUGCGUAUGCUGACACUCAGAGGCACCGUCUUGGACCUAACUAUCUUCAGCUUCCUGUUAAUGCUCCUAAAUCCAUUCAUCAUAACAAUCACCAUGAUGGUUUCAUGAACUUCAUGCAUAGGGAUGAAGAGGUAGGUGUCUUGUCUUAUCUAUCUAUCUAUCAACAAUGUUCUCUUUUGCAUGUAAAUUAUUUCCCUUCAAGAUAUGAUCCUGUUAGAAAUGCUGAGAGGUACCCAAUUCCAUCUGUUGUUUUGAAUGGAAAGCGCGAAAAGGCUAUAAUUGAGAAAGAGAAUAAUUUCAAGCAACCUGGAGAAAGAUACCGCAGUUGGUUACCAGACAGACAAGAGCGAUUCAUCCGCAGAUGGAUCGAGGCUUUGAGCGACCCACGUUGUACCCAUGAGAUCCGCCACAUCUGGAUCACGUACUGGUCUCGGGCUGACAAGUCUCUGGGUCAGAAGUUGGCUUCUCACUUUAAUGUGAAACCAACCAACAUUUGA